UUAACCAUGAUGUCUCCAGACGACCAAACCCUGGAGGAUCUGCUGUAUGGCAGCGACAUCGGUGACAAGACGGAGGCGGUGGAGCUGGCAGGAGGCCCAACAGUGGUGGAAGAGAAUGUUGCUCCAGAAAAUGUUCCAGCAACUGUGUCUAUUCAAGAGCCAAUCAUAUGUGCUGGAUGUGGCAAGCAGGUGUUCGAUCGCUUCUUCCUAUUAGCUGCAGGGAGGGUGUGGCACAGCAUCUGCCUCCGCUGCAGCCUGUGCCACUGUGAGCUACAGACUCACCCUUCCCUCUUUUGGAGGGAUGGAAAUAUCUACUGCCAGCAGGACUACAGCAGGAUUUUUGGAGGCGGCCAGUGUGCUCGCUGCCUUCAGCCAAUCCCACCCACUGAUUUGGUCAUGAGGUCUGGUGAGCUGACCUUUCAUCCUCAGUGCUUCUCUUGUCAGGAAUGUGAUCUAAAAUUAAUGCCAGGGAGCCUCUACUGCAUGCAAGGUCCAAAUCUGUACUGUCAGUCACAUUACAGUGGCAAUGGGGGAAAUCUGCUGAUGCAAGACCCCUCACAAUCACAUCUGAAAGAAGAGACGGGUCAAAGCCAGGUCUCAGGUGAAGGGGAGGAGUCUGUCAGCAGUCCUGAAGCACGAGUGGACGACAGAGAUGCAGGUGGGCGGACGCGCAGACGGACCAAGCGGAUCAGGACCUGCUUCCGCAGUGAGCAGCUAAAAGCACUCGAGUCGUAUUUUGCCCAGAAACACAACCCUGAUGGCAAAGACUGGACCUGCCUUGCUCAUAAGACUGGCCUGCCGAAGAGAGUGCUGCAGGUGUGGUUUCAGAAUGCUCGGGCCAAACUGAGGCGCUCCCUCAACUCGGAGGACUCCCAGGCCAACUCCCCCUCUGCUCCCCCAGGGGCUGUUACCAUGGCAGCCACCCCUUCAUCACUAUCCUGCUCUCCUCUAGACCAGUCCCCUUUUCCCACCAGCACCAUCGACCAGCUACAGCUCUCCUUGCUCACUGGUUCAGUCCACGAACCGUCUGAAAGCCCAGCUGUCACCCAGUCAUGUCAAAUGUUGCAAAGCCCCAAUUUUUUUCUGGACUACGACCCCCAGGGUGCAUUUGGUUGCAUCCCAACUCUGGAGCCCCAUCUGGAGUUCAGGGAGGCAGAGGGAAGAGUAGAGAGAGAAGAUGAUGCGCAAACUUUCAUACCAAAUUACAGUUGA